CUCCGGUCCCUCCUCUGACACCCUUGGGACGAAGAAGCGGAAGAAGAGAAUCCUCUCCGCGCCGCCGCCGUGUUGUGCUUCUGUCCGCCUGUCUUCUCUGCUGCAGAAUCCCGGGUUGGGAAGCGUUGCUGUCUGUGUUUACAUCCGACCCCCGAGUUCUUAACAAACACAGGACGGACGUAAACAUCCUGUGGGUGGGGGUGGGAAAUGGAGUCUCACGGCAAAGACGAUCUGAAGGGACCGGUGCUGCACAUCGUUGUGGUUGGAUUCCACCACAAAAAGGGCUGUCAGGUUGAGUUCUCGUACCCGCCGUUGAUGCCAGACGAGGGCCAUGACAGUAACCUGCUGCCGGAGGAGUGGAGGUACCUGCCUUUCCUGGCUCUCCCUGACGGAGCGCACAACUUCCAGGAAGACACUGUGUAUUUUCACCUGCCGCCACUAAAUGAAGACAUGAAGUGUGUCUACGGUGUUUCCUGCUAUCGCCAAAUAGAAGCAAAGGCCCUGAAGGUCCGACUGGCUGACGUCACCAGGGAGACGGUUCAAAAGAGCGUCUGCGUUCUCAGUCGAGUGCCCCUCUACGGUCUGCUCCAAGCUAAACUACAGCUCAUCACACACGCCUACUUCGAGGAGAAAGACUUCUCGCAGAUCUCGAUUUUAAAGGAACUGUACGAGCACAUGAACGGCUCUCUGAGGGGCUCGGCUCUGGAGGGAUCGCAGGUUUAUCUAGGUUUAUCACCGAGAGAUUUAAUACUGCACUUUCGACACAAGAUUCUCAUCCUCUUCAAGCUCAUUCUGCUGGAGAAGAAGGUCCUGUUCUACGUGUCUCCUGUCAACAGACUAGUAGGAGCUCUGAUGACAGUUUUAUCACUGUUUCCAGGUAUGAUCGAGCACGGCCUGGUGGACUCGUCCCACUACCGGCCGAAGAGCAGCGUGACGGAGGACCCGAGUCUGGCGGAGAGCGUCUCCGGAGCCGAGGAGUUCGUCUCCGUGUCCGUCAGCGACGUCGCCGGCACCAAGCUGGGGACGAGGGUGGGGGAGACCGCCCAGCCGGCCGCGGGGUCUCCCUCCUCCGGGAACAGCACCGAGGGGGACAACCACCUCCUCAAACCCCCGUCGCGCACCUCUCCAGAGUCCUCGGAGAGCGACUGGGAGACUCUGGACCCCAGCGUGUUGGAAGACAGUCCCAAAGAGGCCGCCGAGGGGAACGAGACGCAGCUCCUGGACGCCUUCGACUCCAAGCCGGGCACGCCCAUCACCGUGCAGCCCCAGUCAGGCAGCGGGCAGGGAGGGGUGGUCCAGGGCCUGGUGUCUGGUCUGGAGGAGGAUCAGUACGGCCUGCCCCUCCCCAUCUUCACUAAGGGUUACCUGUGUCUGCCCUACAUGGCCCUGCAGCAGCAUCACCUCCUCUCCGACGUGACGGUGCGUGGCUUCGUUGCCGGGGCGACCAACAUCCUCUUCCGUCAGCAGAGGCACCUCAGUGAUGCUAUUGUUGAGGUGGAAGAAGCUGGCGUCCACAUCCAGGACCCCGAGCUCCGUAAGAUCCUGAGCCUGACGACGGCGGACCUACGUUUCGCCGACUACCUGGUCAAACACGUGACCGAGAACCGCGACGACGUUUUCCUGGACGGGACGGGCUGGGAGGGUGGAGACGAGUGGAUCCGAGCCCAGUUCACCCUCUACCUCCACUCCUUACUGUCCUCCGCGUUACAGCAAGAUAACGAGCGGCUCCUGGCGGAUUACGGCGCGCCUUUCGUCGCAGCCUGGAAGAUCACCCACAACUACCGCGUGUGGUACAGCAACAAGCAUCCCGCCAUGGCCGCCAUCACCCCGGGACACCCGUUCCAGGGCCAGUACAGUGUUGCUGAUGUGAAACUACGACUCUCACACUCGGUGCAGAACAGCGAGCGAGGGAAGAAGAUCGGAAACGCCAUGAUGACCACCAGUCGCAGCGUGGUCCAGACGGGGAAGGCAGUGGGUCAGUCCGUGGGCGGAGCGUUGACUAGCGCCAAGUCGGCCAUGUCCUCCUGGUUCUCCACCCUGGCCCAGCCUGCAGGCGUCACCCCCCAGGAGUAUCCGGAGCCCGCCACAGAGGUCCAUCCCUGAAACCAAACCCACUGGUCCUCUGUCUCUGUCCUCGUCCUCUGAGGGUAAGAGAGCUGCUUUUAUGAAGGAGGAAUAAAUGGUCAUCUCCAGAAACGGGUUUUUACGUCUGAACCACGAAGGCUGACAUCCUCGUUGUAUGGCGACGCUAUUCCGGACAGGAAGGCACGCGCUGCGGUUCUACUAACUGUACAGUCCAUAUCCACUGUGAGGCAGAGACUGCCAGCGCUUUGAAUCAAAAACCCAGAAAUUUCCGCAGGCCGUGUCCGGCCCCUCUGUUUUUAUCGCUGGAUGCUUUUCCUGUGAGACACUAAAGAUGCUGUUGUAGGGGUUUGCGGUGUUCAUUCUUUUGCUGCAUAUUUCUAGAGUUUGUCUAUAUAGCUGCCUGACAUAUUUUGCUGACAGAGGAAUUAUGGUAAAACAUCCGUGUCGCAGGAUUUGACAGAACAGCGUGAGCUGUGGCACCUUGAAGAUUUCUAACGGUUUAGAUUUUAAAUUCAUUCUGGCUCAUGUUCGGUGACGUCUCUGUGAGAGGCAAAGUCCCUCCGCUUCCGUUGGCCCUCACGGGACCUUAUUUCGGAAGAAAUAUAUACGGUUGUCGACGACGAGAGACAAAUCUCUUCUUUUUUUUGUCCCUUUUGAACAGUACGGAGCCCUGGAGGUUUCUCGUGCGCACCAGAAACUUUCUCAUGACCACACGAAAGCCCCUUUCUGUCAUUUCCACGCAUGAAAACAGCAGCCAAAUGUCCCUUCAGGGGCUCCGUAGAAUUGUGCCAUGAAUUUAAAAGAUACUUUUGCAAGUCAAGAAAGUUGCAGUUUGUUGUAGUACCAAUUCGUUUUGUGUGAAACCGCUCUGUCAACUACAUCUCUCGUCCCGCCUGCUCAAUAUACAUCACUUUGCUUGCUAGCUAGCUAGCUAGGUACCUAAGCUAUGCUCCACACACAAAUAUAACAUUAUCUUACUUUAUGUGUUUUAUCCAGCAAUUUUUUAUCGAACAAGCAAGAUCCAUUGCUAGUGUGAGUAACGUAACAUCCCAGUACCAAACACACAGGCGUCGUAGCUUCAGCGAGACGUCACUUAUGCGACUAUGUGGUGAUUAGUCUUUCAAAUAAGUCUUAUGUUUCAAAGAUUUACAACAAACUGAGACUUUCUUGACUUGCAAAAUUACCUUUUGAAUUGACAAACCUAUGUGUAAUUCAUGGCACAAUUCAAACAGGAUCAAAACAUUAUUUGUUUCUCGCUGUUUACUACUGUACGUAUUCUUUUCUCAAAUAAGGUCCCAUGGUGGUUUGCGUCUUUAUGGUGGUUGUUGUGGUAACAGCAUGCAUUCCUGAGUAAAAACACACAUGUAGACUGACUAGCUAAAGAACUAACAGUUAUUUAUAUUAUUGAUCAAUUUGUUGAUAAUAAUUAUGAUUAUUAGGUUGCAAAUGUCAGAAAAUAGUGAAAAUGUCCACAACCAUUUCCAAAUAUGACAAAAUAUAUUAAUAAAAAAUAUUUUUAGCUAAUUCAUUUAAAUUGAGUGUAACAGAGAUAGAACACUUCAUACUUUUCCUUUAACCUCCAAACAGUUAUAUAAUAAUAUAAUAUAAUAGUAAUAGUAGCUAAAGCUUUUUAGCUAGCAAAAAACAAUAACUUAGCUAGCUAAUGCUACUUUGAAGUAUUUUUGUUAGGUUUGUUUGACAUAGUGAGCAUUAAAUCAUACACAUUUACAAAAUGGCCAUGAUUUAUGUCCAAUGUGAUCUUUAAUGAAGAGAAUAGAAAAGAAUAUAAUGUUAUGUUAAGAUAUUAGCAUGGUGCCUGUAAACUUCCAAAUAGUGUUAGCUAGCUAACUUUGUUAGCAUUGGCUUGCUGGCUAAAACGCGUUAGCUACUGUUUCAAGCGUUAUACUACAAACCUAUGCUGUACAGAAUAUGGUGUAAAGAGGAUCUUUGUUACCAUUAACUGCACUGGCUGCUGUAGUUUCAUUACGAACGUUAGCUUUAGCAAGGUAGCUAGCUGAAAAUGCUGGCACUCGGUGUGUUUAGCCAUCACUGUUUUCAGCUAAGCUAGCUAGCCACACAGUGUAAUGAAAUGUGAAAAUUAAAGUAGAUAAUUGAUUAAAUAUGUGCCAAAAAUAAGAAAGAAAUCCAGCAGUUAAAAGAUAAAAUUAACUAAUUAAGUUUUUGUUUUAUCAAGUUGUUUGUGGGUUAAAAGCUUUUUGAUAUUUUUUACCAACUGAUUGUAGCUUUAAGGGUUUAUAUUUCUUUUUACACUAUAUUUUAAAUAUCUAACUAAUCGUUGUUUGCACAAAACAGAGAAUGUUUGGCAUUUUUCUUGAUAAAUAAUUAAUCCAUUCCCAAAACUUGGAAAUCAAACAACUAAUUGGUUAUUUGAUGAAUGAUUUCAGCUCUAAACUUAAAUUACAUUUCCUGUUAAAUGCGUUUUUUUUUCUCCGCAUCUGUGACAAAUACAGAACACCACACAAACAUAAUUACAAAAUCUGAAUGCUGUUACUGCAGUAACCACAAUGUUAUUACAUAAAUCCUUGUGUACCUAAUGCCUGAUAUUGUGCCCUGAUAAACGUGAUGAAAACCUCUCUUAACUAUGAAGGAACCUGCAACCAGCUUUGUGUUUGACGGGGUGUUAUUAACCCUCACCCAGGCCUUUUUAUACUAUAUAUAUUGGGAGAACUAUAUUUAGUAAAUCUGAAGAUAGUUUUAAGUCAGAUAACUUAUUUAUUUGUUGUGUAAAAAAAUCAUAAAUAUCCAUGUUUUGUCAUUACAACACUGGAACAAGUCCUAAUCCGUGGACCACUGUGUGUAUUUGCACAAAGCAGCCAUAAUAUUCUAUUUAUAUGAAUCUUUAUCGAACUGUAAUUUUGAGUUGCUUACAGAAUAAUUUCCCUCCAUGUUUCAAAUAUUCAACACGUUGGAUUUCAAGUGGUCCAGUGAGCAUGCUCUGUCCAGUCCAGUUUUACAGCUGUAAUGAGAGUCAUCCUUCUGUCUUUAAAACUCUUUUAAUGUUUCUAUUGUCUUCGUUUCUUCAUGCUUUUAAACCUUCUUUGACCAUUGAGUCAUUUCGGGAAUUUCCUUUUGAUUUCUGGAUUAAGUUUAAGAAGAUAUCAGCUGUUAAAAGCUGCUUUUCGUUUCUUUUUUUUAUGAUAGAUUUUCAUUUUGUAUUUAACAGAUAUGAAUGUAAUGUGAUUUGACAUUCACAGAAUAUUUUCUUGACAGAUGCUUUUAAUGUAUUUCAGAAGUGAUACUAUACUAUAUUGCUGUAUUAAAUAAAAUAAUAAAAAUG